AUGUCAUGCAGGCUCUACUCCCAGUACUACCAGCUCAAACUUACUGCAGUUCUGAUUUCAAUUUUGUACAUCGGAAUGGGUUCUUUCCUGCUCUAUCUCGUCUCCGACUUUUACACGUUUCUGGAGAGCCCGCUGAUGAAAACGAGAAAUGGAGAAGUGCGCACUCGUGAUCUCAUUAAUCUUCCUGAAGGAACGAAGAACAGUCUUUUAUUAUUCUACUUCCUCUUUUGCUCGAUCGCCAUGUCUACUGGCUUUGUUUGGCUCUUUCUUACUGUUAGCUACGAUGUGGCUUGGCAGGAGAAAAUUAUAAAAGAAGACAAGACUUAUUCAGUAACCCUAAAUAACCCUAGCCUAUCCCCCUCGGAUUACGUACAAGAAGUUGAACGAGUUCCCGGGCAGUCGGAUAAACCGCCAGCGUACGAUACUCUUGCUCUUAGUUCACCUCCUCCAAAGUACGAAUCGGUGGUGAGAAUAUCCCAACAAACAACGAAAAGCUGCUUCUUAUGA